GCUCGAACCCACCGUAGCUCCCACCACUCAUCUCGAAACGUCAUACGUCAAGCACAUGUCGGCUCUUUCCAGGUUAUGAAAUUCCCCGUAUUCUAACUCCACAAAAAUGCUCUGCGGCCGGCAAAUCACCCGAAAUUUCGGCAAAUACGUCGACAAAGACAAGAGCGGCAAGGCCAUCCGGCAGAAAUUCCUCGACUACUUCAUCACCAAAAACCGCCACAGCUUCAUCAAAUCCAGCCCCGUGGUGCCUUUCAGCGACCCCACGGUGGCGUUCGUCAACGCCGGGAUGAACCAGUUUAAGGGGGUGUUCCUGGGCACGCAGCCGCCCCAGUACAAGAAAGCCGCCAACUCCCAGAAGUGCGUCCGAGUCGGGGGCAAACACAACGACUUGAGCGUGGUAGGCAGCGACGGCUACCACCACACGUUUUUCGAAAUGUUGGGGAAUUGGUCGUUCGGAGACUAUUUUAAAAAAGAGGCGUGCGAAUUGGCGUGGAAGCUGCUAACGCAGGAGUAUAAAAUUCACCCGUCGAGGUUGUAUGUUACGUAUUUCAAGGGGGACAAGGAUUUGGGGAUUGAGGCGGAUUUGGAAACUAAAGAAAUCUGGAAAAGUAUUGGAGUGCUUGAGUCCAGAAUUUUACCAUUUACGUCUAAAGACAAUUUUUGGGAAAUGGGGCCAACGGGGCCCUGUGGCCCUUGCACUGAAAUCCACAUUGACCACGUCACUACGAAAAACCGGGCGGAGCUGGUGAAUAAAGGACUUCAUGAUCUCACUGAACUCUGGAAUUUAGUUUUUAUCCAAUAUAACCGCAAAAAUAAUGACUCUAUUGACGUUCUUCCUGAAAAACACGUAGAUACGGGAAUGGGUUUUGAGCGUCUGACUGCCGUCCUUCAAGGGAAAAUUAGCAACUAUGACACUGAUAAUUUCACUUAUUUGCUGAAAGCCAUCCAGAAGAAUUGCAGCAAUGUGUCUGGAUACCAGGGGAAAUUUGGCGAAAAUGACUGGAAUUGUCUGGACACGUCUUACAGGAUAUUGGCAGAUCAUGCUAGAAUGGUCACUGUGUGUCUCGCUGAUGGGAUGAUUCCAGAACAGAACCAGAAAUUAAGGCGCGUAAUGCGGCGAUCAUUCCUCCUCGGUCAAAACAUAUUCAAAAAAGACCGCGGACUCUUAAAAGAGCUCUCAAAUUACGUAAUCGAGCACUUGGGUCCGGUGUACACCGAAAUGGAACAUAACGUCAAACAGAUACAACAAAUCAUUGACUAUGAAGAAGAAGUGUACGACUCGAUUCGCAAAUCUGCAGCCGACGAAUGGUUCAAACUAACCAAAACCCAACCUGAACUUUCCUUACUCGAUAUAAACGACACCCCAAGCUUGUUAGCGGGGUACAAAGAAAUCAGGGCUGCCAACGCAAAAAUAAUCGACGAAGACCUCGCCUUCAAGUUGUACGACACGUUCGGUCUGGACGAAGAAUCAAUCUGUAGCUUAGCGAAAGCCUUGAACUUGCCUUUCGACGUCAAAGGUUUACACAGACAACUCGAACAAGCCAAAACUAGAAGCAAAGAUCAACAUAGCGCACUACCGACCAACGUAUUUGAUGAAUUACGCGACCACAACAUUCCCAAAACUGACAGAUCGCUUUUGUACACCUACCUCAAAGUCAACGACAAGUACAAUUUCAAAGAUCUAGACGUGAAGGUGUUAAAAAUCAUCCGAAACGGGGAAUUCGUGACAGAAAUCUGGCCGGAAAAUUUCUGCUCAGUGGUUCUGGAUAAGUCGAACUUGUACACUGAAGCUGGCGGCCAAAUUAGCGACAAGGGGGUGAUUGUGUGUAAUGGAAGAAAGUUUGAAAUCACUGAAUGCGAAAAUUAUAAUGGUUAUAUACUUCACAAGGGGUUUCUUCGGUCGCAACAACCCGACUUACUCAAAGAGGGUGACUCAGGUGUGCUUAAAGUCGACUCCGAGUUUCGCCUUAAGAACAUGCGCAACCACACUGCAGUCCACUUGUUGAACUCAGCGCUGAAGAAAAAAAAGGGCGCUACUUGUCAGAAAUCGAGCAAGGUCACUCAGAACUAUCUCAGCUUGGAUGUGGGUGUGUUCGGCGAGAAGUUGUCUCUGGAUGAGGUUGCAGACAUCGAGAGUACUAUGAACGCGGUGAUAAGGAGCCAACUUCCGGUUAGUGUGACUGAAGUUGACAGUCAGAGGUUGUCAAACUUCGACAACGUCACACUAAUUCCAGGGGAGGUGUACCCAGAGUGUGGGAUUAGGUUGGUGGAAGUGAAAAGCGACGUUUUGUUGUCGAGGGAGCCGUGUUGCGGCACCCAUGUCCUAAACACUGGAGAUAUAGGGGAUUUUUGUGUGGUUAGUGUGAAGUCACUGGGGCGCGGAACUGCGUCGAUUCACGGGGUCACUGGCGAUAGAGCGAAAGUCGCGAAAGCCAAUGGAGAAAAUUUGUUGGAUUUGGUGGAAGUUUUGGCGAAACAAGUCAGAGAUAACAUUGACAGGCCCGAAGUUUUGAAUAAAGCGAUCUCUGGGUUAAAGCAACAGUUGAAUUAUAGUGUAGAGGAUUUGAAUAUUUUGCCGGUGGUUGUGAAGCAGCAGUGUUUGGAUUUGCUGCUGAAAAUAAGUAAACAGAUUAAAGAGUCUGGGAAGAAGAAUUUAAGAGAACUAGUCGAGGUUGAGAUGCGCAAUGCCGUGGAGACCGGUGUCUCAAAAACAAAAAACAAUCGCGAAUAUUUGGUGCACUUUCUGCAGAGUUCCGCCGUUUUGGAGAACAUUUCGCUACAAAAGGCGACGAGGAUAUGUCCGGAUGUACCAGUGCUAGUCAUUGCUUACUCAGAGGGCGUUGUGAAAGCAAGGUGUUGCGUUCCUGAGGCUCUACGGAGUGCGCACUUCGACGCCGAGAAGUGGAUGACGCAAACCGUGGCCGCCAUCUUCGGCAGCGACCUGGUGCCCCCUAAAGGCUACGACCCCGCGCUCGUUUGCAACAUGAAGUCGAAACGAAUCAAGCUCGAGGAGUGGCACCAGCUGCUGGAACAGAGCUUGGAAGCCGCCAAAAAGUACGCAGAGGAUCACCUUUGAAGAAAACAUCGGCUACGUUUUUUAAUAAACAUUUACUUUUAUUAAAUACAUAGUCAACAAGCUUAACAUUUAAGCAACAUGAAAGUUCGACAAGCACAGAAUUUGUCAUUUUUUUUGUUAUGUUUUUAAUGCUGUGGAUAAUCACAUCGUUAAAAUCUGGCUAAAAAUCGAACAAAUAACAAUACCAAGGCAUUUCUUCGUACUAAAUGUCACAAAAAUAUUUCGCAGUCUUAUUGUUUUCCACUAUUGAUAAGCGCUAUGUAAAACGUCAAAAAUAAUACUUGAACGGCCAGUUCUAAGUCGGUGGAAAAUGGCGCCCGAGUAACCGGCGCCAUUUUGCACCUAGCGGGGUCGCACUGGCCGCAAAGAAGGCAAUGCAUUACGUUUCUGGACGAACUUCAUUAACUCUAAAUGUGGUAAAAAUGGUAACGAAAGUGGAUGAGGGUCUACAGUCAACCCAACGAAACUACAGCCGCUACGCAACCAAGCAGAAUCCAGCCCUAUACUCUAUUUAUUGUUACAGUCUUACCGCUACGUGAGGAUAACAUACACCUACUGAUUAUAAAAAAAUAAUUUAAAAACAAUCUUAUGUAACUAUUAACAUUGAUGUUUAAAUAUCUAAAAAUCAGCUUACCAUUGUUAACUGGCUUGUCAAUCAGUGUUUGAUUUGUUAUUGUUUAAACUACGUUAUUGCUCGAUUCACAAAUUUUCUUUCACCCGAGUUAAAUUGAGAAACAUGCAAGUUCGUGUCGAUUAAACAGAAAUCUACUUUUUGUAUGAGGAAUGCUUACACGAUGACUGGAUAAGAGCAAAGUUGCUACAAAGUUCCGCUCUGAGUAGGCCUCGCGUUACGUCUCACAUCCUCCAGUUGAAUGAGCUGCAAAAAGACGGUGAAAACCAGAUGGAACCGACAGACCACCGACCCGAGGCUCGAAAUUCGACCCAAAUGACUAUUUUCACUAGUAUUCGUAGGGAACAAGUAAAUACGAGCUUUUUAUAGUUCCGACGUGUAGCAAACUAUGUAGUUGAAACAAAUUCUUACGGCGUUUAAUAUAUUGUUUACAUUGUGA